UUCAGGCAGGAAGGAAUCCCUGAAGUACAAGAAUCGUACAGUAUGAGCUACCAAACAUCAACUUCUACUAAUGGUCAUCAUGGGGGAGAUGGCGAUGCUUCAUCAAAUAAUUCCCAGUCUUCUGUUCCUGUUGAUAAUGCAUCAUUAAUUAGUCGAAGUACAUCUCAGACAAAAACUCAGCAAGUGAAAACUGUAACAAAGAUAAUUAAGACAAGAGAAGUUCAUCACAUAGGACCUGAUGGCAAGCCUAUAAGUUACUCUCCUUAUGGUGGAACUUUGCCUCCUGGCAGUGAUUAUUUGCCAUACAAUUACACAAAUCCUGCUAAUGUUUCUCAUGAUUAUGGUACUUAUGAUCCAGGUCGGCCUCCAAGUCCAGCUGGUCAAACACCAACACAAGUCUAUCCACAUGAUUAUGGCACAUACGGACAAACUGCCUCACCAGCUUCUGCUGGUAGGAAUUUUGAUAUUUACUCUCCCCAGUCUGGCCAACCAUAUUCAGAAUAUGGCUAUCGAGAUUAUCCACCACAAAAUGUAACUACUCCUUCUGGUGCAUCAGAUUCACCUAAUCUGCAUCGAGCUAUGCCUCAAGCUCCACGUGCAGUCUCGUCAGAUUAUAAUCACCAGCCUGGCAAUUAUGAAGACAUUGAUGCUGCAGCACUUGUACCGCCAAGGAUGGAUUAUCGAAGGACUCCAUCUCCUACACAAAGUGCUGAUAGAUAUGGGACAUAUGGGUACACAGGUCAACCACUUCCAGCAACUUCACCUGGUUAUCACCAGUAUGACCCUGGCCUACCUCAAGGUUACUUAGAUCGUCGACCAAGUUAUGAUGAGCAUCCCCAGACAAGAACUCCUCAAAGUCAGCAUCCAAAUUCUGCAUAUGCACGAGCUCCCAGGUCUGGGUAUGAAGAAGAAGAUCCUAUAGCUCUUGGUAGUGAAGGUACACAUCCAGUUCCUCCUCGGCAUCCUCACCUUGAGUAUGCACCUGUAGAUAGUCAAGGUGCAGAUGUCCGGUGGCGAGAUCCAGAUCUUCAUGAAGUUAUAGAGUUCUUAGGUCACCCUAAUAAUGUUGUAAGAGCAAAUGCUGCUGCCUAUUUGCAGCAUUUAUGUUAUAUGGAUGAUAACAUGAAGCAGAAGACAAGAUCCCUUGGAGGCAUUACACCUUUAAUUGAAUUACUCAAUCAAGAUAUUCCUGAAAUUCAAAGAAAUGCUUGUGGAGCAUUAAGAAAUUUAUCAUAUGGUAGACAGAAUGAUGAAAAUAAAAGAGCCAUACGUAAUGCUGAAGGUAUUCCAGCUCUAGUGCGAUUACUGCGAAAAACACCUGAUAAUGAGAUCAGAGAGCUAGUCACAGGAAUUUUAUGGAAUUUAUCAUCGUGUGAAGAUUUAAAGCGUCCUAUUAUUGAUGAUGCACUAACUGUUCUUGUUAAUCACGUCAUCAUUCCACAUUCAGGCUGGGAUCGUUCACGAAAUCCAUUAGACCAAGUAAAACCUCAUGAUAUAUAUUGGUCUACAGUUUUUCGUAAUGCAAGUGGUGUUUUAAGAAAUGUCAGUUCAGCUGGUGAAUAUGCUAGGAAAAAGCUUCGCAUCUGUGAAGGUUUGGUUGAAGCCAUGGUGUAUCUGGUACGCGCAGCAACUGGAAAAAAUGAUAUGGAUAAUAAAAGUGUUGAAAAUUGUGUUUGUGUGUUAAGGAAUUUAUCGUAUCGUUGCCAAGAAGUUGAGGACCCAGAUUAUGAUAAGCACAUGUUUCCUCCUGUGCAGUCAAGAGCAAGUGCCCCUAUCAGAGCUGUUGGGGAAAAUCUUGGCUGCUUUGGUGCUAAUAAAAAGAAAAAAGAGGCUGCCCAAGCAGCAGAAAAGCAACGAAGAGAAGGCGUCCCACUUACAAAAAAUCCAAUUAGUCAGUCUGAUCCUGUAGGUGGUAUGGCAUUACUGUGGCAGCCAGAAGUAGUACAGUGUUAUUUGUCGCUUCUAUCUGGUUGCUCAAAUCCAGAAACCCUUGAAGCUGCUGCUGGUGCUAUUCAGAAUUUAGCUGCUUGUUAUUGGCAGCCUAGCAUUGAUAUUAGAGCUUCUGUGAGGAAAGAUAAGGGAUUACCAGUUUUUGUUGAACUUCUGAGAAUGCAGGUGGAUAGAGUAGUUUGCGCAGUUGCUACAGCUUUAAGGAAUUUAGCUGUAGAUCCAAGGAAUAAAGAUCUGAUUGGAAAUUAUGCCAUGAAAGAUCUAGUUCUAAAACUUCCAAAUGGCAGUCCUCAACAUGAUGCUGGUACAUCAGAUGAUACAAUUGCUGCAGUUCUGGCAACUCUGAAUGAAGUUGUGGCAAAGCAAAGUGACUUUGCACGUUCAUUCUUACAGUUUGGUGGUGUAGAACGACUUAACCAAAUUACUCAGCAGAAAGGCACAUAUUCUCCCAGAGUUGUCAAAUUUGCCUCUCAGUUAUUAUUUAACAUGUGGCAGCAUCAAGAACUUCGUGAAGCGUACAAAAAAGCAGGGUGGAAGGAAUCUCACUUCAUACCAAAAUCUAUGGCAGUACGAAAUUCUCUUUCUUCUCCUACUGGAGCAAAUAGUACUCUAAAUCGCCCUGUCAGUACCCAGGGUGGGACUAAAUAUGAAGACCGUACAUUACCACAUGGGACUGAGCUCAAUUCUACUGCUGCUUCUCUUCCAUACAGCAGGUCUGAAGAGCUUCCACUGAGUGAGCUGAGCCAUAGUACUGAACCUCCUCCCCCUUCUCAAGUUCAUAGGUCUCAUAUGGGAGUCUUUCCUCCAGGGAUGCAGCAAGCCCGAUCCCCAACAGAACCUGUCUAUGCUCAGGUAAACAGAGAAAAAAAGAAAGGACGCCAUUCAGAUAUCCCAGUACAGCUUCUCUCCAAUGAACAACCAGAUGGUAUGCCAGCUGGCGACUCAUGGGUGUGAUCUGUCACCUCUCCUGUCAGUCCUGUUCUUGCUUCCUAUUGCGACUGCCCGUUUCCAAUUCCACGCAGAGAGCAGAAUGUAGAAUAAAUGCACAGUCCUAAGUACGUCGCUCAAAAACAGUGUGGUGGUGUCGCCAGCUAUUGUUCAAAAACUGAUGGAAGCAUUCAUGCAUGAAGCUGAUUCAGUCCUGAAUCAGUUUAUCUAACCUUCCUUUGCAGCUGGUCCGUUCACUUACGGGUGAUAACAAAUUAAGAAUGAGUUGACCAGCAUCACGAGUAUGCAAGAGAAAAUUCAGGGGCAACGGUGUAUGAACUGGUGUUGCGAGCAAAAUACUUUCUCCUUGAAGUCUUGCUCGUUACGUGCCUCCUUUAUUUGUGUAUACAAGAUGACAGGCAGUUAUACCACUGUUCCCGUGUUUCUUGCCUAUUCAGACAGCUGUUUGUGCCAAUCAUAAAAUGCUUUCUGCAUUAAGUAGCUUGCAUUAAAGUAAGCUUGGCAACAGUACGUGUUCAGAGUGUAUGCUUCUUUCAUUUCCUGAUUAAAGCUCAAAAGAUGACUUUCUGAUUAGUGACAAAUUUUAAUAGGCUAUCUAUGCUGUUAAUUUAGAUAGCCUUGCCUUAAUAUGUUGCUGAAAAAAAUAUGAACGAAUAAUAGGCCCACAGAUGUUGGUCCUAAAUUCUCUAAUCAAGUUUAGAGAUAUGAAAGUGUUUUUGAAGCCAUGACAAACGACUGUGUAAAUUUUAAAACACACAAAGGGGGGAAAACUGUUUAGCCUGGGUAUGUGUGUGCUGUUGCAUUUAUUAUAUUUGUCAUGGAAGUCAUGUUUCCUCAAUGUUUUUUUUUUAUUUUUUGCAUCUUGUUUUUACAUUUAUGCUAGAAAAUUUGAUUUAAAAGCUUUUGUUAAUGAAAUACGCUAUUACGAGCAAUAUUUUUUUUCAGUAUUAAUCACAGUUUUAGAAAGCCACAAAAGUCUUUCAUUAUUGUUCUGUGUUGUGUUUUUAGAGAAAAUUUUCAAAGACAAUAGUAAAAGAUAUUUUAAAAUAAUUUUAGUGUUAUAUGAAAUAUAGUUUUCAUCCUUUGAUUAUCAUUCAAGUUUGGAGUUUCGUAGUAACCUGUUCAAGCACCAUUUGCUAAUAUAUUGAUAUUUAAUACACUAUAGAUACAUAUUAACAAUUUUUUUAUAAACAAAUUGCAAAGACUUCAGAGUAAAACCUGAUGGUGUAAAUGUGAUAUAAAACAUAGAUUGUGUUCAUAAUUUUAUGAUGUGCAAAAUUUAUUCAUUUGUUCGAAGUGAAUGUUUAAAAAUCACAAACUUCAUGUUUUAAUUUCAUCAACCAUAGCAUUAUGGGGGACUGGAAAAAUUGAAUAUUUCUUCAUUUUGAAAUAGAAAUAUGCUUUAGUUAUUUGGAAAUGGCAUAGACAUACGCACUGGCAAGUGUAAUCCAUUUAUAUGACAGUAUAUAUAUCUUUAAGGUGCUACAAAACAUCAAACAUUGAAAACUCUUGCCCAUUCCAUGAGUUUAUAUUUUAUGUGCAGCUUUUGUAUUAUAUUAUUUUAUAUUAGAUUUGUUAAUAUUUCUGUGUAUGCCCUGACUGACUAUAAAAAUGCAUGCUAUUUGUUUUAAGUUAUUGUGAUUAUUAAGAGUUUGAUACUCCUGAUGGGCAGGCCAAUGUUUUUAAUUUCAAAAUUUACACUACUGAAGUUGACCUGUUUACAUGUUUAAAAUGUUGCAUUUUUAAGUCAUUUUACAUAAUAUGAAGAUGUGCAGAACUCAAAAGUGUCAAAACUUGUCUAGUUGAGCAACUUGAUUAAUAAAUUUUGUCAUGCA